GUGAACCAGAAUCAAAACCGGCGUUGGCCGUUGAAUCGAAUACAGCUAUUGUUGGCUCACCUUCCCUAAAUGACAUUUGUUAUUUGUUUCACAUUUUGAUUGUUUGUUUUCAAAUAACCAGGGGAAUUCAGUUUCCCUAAUUUUUCCAAAUAUUGCUAAAAGUCAACAAGAGGAAAAACAUAACUACUUUUAAAACAGAAAAAUAUAUAUUUUGUAAUGACUAUUCUUAGGUAUAUUCUUGGUCAUUCCAAAAACCUAAACAAAAAUUUCUUUCUAACACCAGGACUGGAAAAUGUAUGCGUUCGACUUUUUUCGGACAAAAAGAUUAGUCCACGCAUGCAAGAAUUCAAAAAUAAAUUAAGAGAGAAAACUCCUAUUGGCCGACUAGAUGAGCUGUCCAAACAUCCUGACGAGGAAGAGGAUCCCUUAAAACCCUGGCCCGAUAACACAAAUCCGCAUACGGGAGAGAUUGGAGGACCUAAAGGACCAGAACCCACAAGAUAUGGAGAUUGGGAAAGAAAAGGAAGAGUAACCGAUUUCUAGGAACCCGAAUUGUUUCCAUUGAUGCAGGUUCUAAAGUAAUUUCAUCAACGGUUAUAUUAAUUUGUUAGAUUUUUGUUGUGUUUAUCUAAUGGUAAUGUUAAAGCUGUUACAUUAAAAGUUUUUCGGAGAAA